AUGAUUUCUAAUAUUUUGAAACUUAUGUCAGGGGUGUUGAUUUGGACUUUGGUUGUAUGCAAACUUUAUAGAUAA